AAAAGACUCACUUAUUUAAUUACGAAAAUACCCUCGUUGGACCUUUCUUCACUUCGUCUCUUUCUCCUCUUCUGCAAUUGUGUUAACCUACCCACCACCACCCCCAAAAUCUUCGUGUGUAAUAGAGAAGGAGAAAGCUAUGGCGGUGUCUGGAGAUUUGAGGGUCUCUGCAACAAUCUCUUCUUAUCCUUUCAAGCACCACAAUUUCGGAAACUCUCUUAUUCCCCCUUCUAAGGUAGCAUUUAAAGGUUUAAAUGGUGGAUUAUCCACUAAUUCCAAAGUCCUUUUCAAAUGGCCAUGUUUAGAUCUUGAAGGGAACAAUUUAAAGUGCAAUUAUCACCAGUCAUUUGGUGUUUCCAGAAACAAUAAUCUUUCACCUGAACCUGCAACACAAGAAACCGAAAAUCUUAUCCUCAAUGCUGUGAAUAUGAACUUUCUUGAGCGUUUGAAUUUGGCAUGGAGGAUCUUGUUCCCAUCACCAACUACAAAAAGGAAAAGCGUUGCAAACAUUGCUAAGCAACGGUUGAAGAUGAUACUCUUCUCAGAUCGAUGCGCUGUAAGCGAUGAGGCGAAGCAGAAGAUUGUUAGCAACAUUGUGGGAGCACUGUCUGAUUUUGUGGAAAUAGAUUCACAAGAUAAAGUUCAGCUUAGUGUCUCAACAGAUACUGAUUUGGGCACUGUGUACUCAGUUACAGUCCCGGUUAAGCGUGUUAAACCCGAGUAUCAAGCUGUGGAUGAGUAUGAGAAUGGGACCAUAACAAAUGUUGAUUACAAAGACAAUGGAGAAGCAUCUGGUUCUGUUGAUGUUACCUUUGAUUUCUUCAUUCCUGAUGAAAAUUCUAGUAGGUAUUAAGAGUCAAAUCUCUCUUAUUAUUACUUGUUUGUUGUGUUAGUAGGUGAAUGAAUUUCAUUGUAUGCCAAGCCAAAAAAGAAGAAACUUCCUGAGAUGUCAUUGUUUGUUUAGCUUCCUGAGUUUUGAGACUAGCUUUUUGUAAAUAUAAAUUUUCCUUGUUAUUUUUAUUGAGAAUAUAUUUCUGAAAAA